AUGUUUGUUCCUAAAGCCGGUGGCCGCAAUACUCGCCGGCGCCCGAGGACAAGCUCAGACGACUCUGUCAAGCCACCGAAAGCCAAGAGACAGCGCUCAGUCUUGCGUCGCCCAGAUGAAUCCCCCCCCGACACAGAUCUAGGGCGUGACAUGGCCAAAUUGACCGCACCCACUCCCAAUGAUGAUAAUGCCCCUGCGGAUCCAAUGACCACUGAACUUCAUCUACCGACUCGUACUGCAAAACCAGGUGAUGGCCUUGGACACAACAACGAGGGGACAAUCGUUCUAUCCAGUACCGAUUUCUACAACGUGAAUCAGCUGCCAGCCUUGCCUGACCAAAUUCGCGGCUUACAGUCAGAAGAACCGCUCAGAUGCUUUUUUGGAGCUGGUCACGACCAUGCGCUAGCUCUAACUCACUCGCAUGCCAUCGUAUGGCCUUACUCAGUAUCCACAUCUUCUCCGUCACCAUCAGACACGUUCACAGUAUCGAUUCCCGAGUCAUGCAGAGAUCCAAAAGGCGCAGUUCCGCUUGGUGUUUUACUAUCUACAGCUACCGGAGAGUACCCAGGUUUACUGGUCAUCAUUCCUUCUACCGGGAAGAUCAUUUACUGGGAGACUGUGUCCAGUGCAGCCUCGCUAGGCUUAUCUCGACAGAAACAAAAUGGUAUCCAAGGAUCUACGCCUGGCCUGCUUUCUGGCGAGUAUGCCACGGAAAUCCUAAAUGUGGAGCCUUCGGGGAUUAUCGCCACAUUCUCCACGGGACGAGUAGCACAUAUUUCUUUGAGAGAUCCCCAAGGAAAACCCUCAGUACUCGUCAAUUUCCUAAAAAGCACCGCGGGUGCCAGCGGUGGUGGAAUCUUUGGUGGUAUUAAGAAUGUUCUCGGGGGCGGAUACUGGAGGAAAGAGGUCACCGCUGUUCAGGCUGGAGGCUCCCAUCAACGCGGCCAGCGGGAUGUGAUCAUUGCGACUUCUUCUGGGUUGAUCGAGAUCUGGGAUACACACUGGAAUCACGGAAAUGCGCUCAAAAAACGAUAUGAUGCCAAAGACGACAUUUUGGCGGCUCUUCCUCAGAAUUUAACGAAACCGACAAACGACCCAGAUCUGAAAAUCAUGGACUUUGCUUUCUCCAUGCUACAAUCUUCGGACGACCCUGCUCAGCCUUCGGAUGAAUCCUGGAACUUGUUUCUGGUUGUUGGCUCGUCCCAGUGGUCAGAAAACAAAGCACUGUCUGUGGUUCACGUUCACUUGUCAGGCACUGAGUCCCGUGUGGUAUCUGCGCAUCCUGUAGAUCUACAUCACAUCCCAGCUAUGCUCAACGACCCAAAGCCCAAGAUUUAUGUUCCGAAACCAGAAGCAACUGCUUUUAUUCUCGUUGGCCAGUCCCUUGUUAUUCUGUCGCUGACAAGCGUUGAGGAAACACCAACUUCACAACUACUUCUCGAUUCAAAUAAGCUACCGAUGCCUUUCCAAGACACUAUUCACUUGCGAUCUGGAAAAGAGCAUGAAAUACUAGGGUCCACGUCAGAGAACCAAUCGCAACACAUGCCUUACGCGGCAUGUGUGCUCAUGCUUCGGAAUUUCGGAGUGAUUCGUGUCACGGUACUUCCUCGUCCCGAAACAGAAGACGAUGCUGACGAGCAGCCUCAAGUUACCGCGAAGCACAAACUUGAGCAGGCUAUUUUCUACGGGACCAUGGCAAAGAACCCGUUGGAUCUAUCCAGCGAGGGUGACUUGGACUUCCCUGCCUUAGAGAUCGAGCAAGCAUCCUUGGAAAUAUGCAGAGAACUCCUGCAGUCUGAAUGCCGGUUCAUUCCAAAUACCACAAUUUCACUCGAACAACAUCUUCGACUGAGGGCGAAGGCACUGGACGACCUUGCAUCUUUACUUCUACGCAGAGGAAACCCAUUAGGUCGAGCAGCAAAAUGGGAGCUUCUGUGGGCUGCUGAAAAGAUCGCAGCACAAAGGGCCAUGUGGAAGGUCCAGGAGGCCUAUAAGUGCAAAAGCGACGAUUCUUUCCUUGGUCAUGUCAUUGGAUCAAUGAGCAACAAUUUCAAGACUCAGAUUGACCCACACAACGGGGAGGCUGACCCGGUGCGUCAAUGGUUCCUGAGUGAUUCCUAUCGCAUGGAACACAUUAUUCCGUGGAUCAAGAACGCCGUCAAACUCGGUCGAGCUGAAUCUUGCGGUGAUGUACUUGAGUCUCCUGAUCGUGCGCGGAACCUCUCGCAACAAAUUCUCGAGGCCAGUGAGCUAUUCCUGGCAGUCAUGGAAACUGCUUUCCGGUAUCGCGAAGAGCAUCUUGCGCUUUAUGGUCUGAAUGAAGACUUCGUCGAGGAUGGUGUUCUAUCCGAUGGAUAUGAGACUCUACCCGAGUUCUGGACAUCGAGAGGGGUGGGUUAUACCGAAGCAGGAAAGCUCCUCGAUUUGGAACUCGAUAGCCGUCGUUCUUGGAACAGCGCAAACUUGUCGGGUGCAGAUUUCCCUGAUGCCCAGGUUCUAAACCGAACAGCAGCGAACAGCGCUCGACAUCUCCGUGUCCUUGGUCAAAUGCACCAGGAACGAACUCGAUGGCUUUCUGCCCAGGGAGACCCAAAGCUUCUCGACGAGAGCGCUUCACUCGAACAUUUGCAUGUCGAAAAUCGCAAGUGGUACCUUUUCAAGUUGGCCGGUGUCGGGCAUCUUGAAGACGCUCUUAGGUUGGCAGAAAGCUUCCGCGAUAUGGAUGCUUUGGUCGAGUUGAUCGUCGAGCUUCAGGAUCAAAAGAAAAACCGACCAGUCCAAGGAUCUUCAGAAGGUGUACCGACAAGUGCAGAUCAGCUUGACCCUGCCCAACUGAUUUCCACAUAUUUCGACAAGUUUGGUGACAUUUGGGCGGAUGCAUACUUCUUCCACAGAAUCAAGUUCGGUUACCCAGGAACGCUACUUGCAAUGCGGAAAUACCAACCUGCCGUGACUCGAUUCCUCCGGCAAACGCCCGCGUAUUCUCGUUUGAGUUGGAUUAAUGAUGUGACGGGCGAAGACGACUACGACACUGCUGCUGCCUCAUUGGAAAAUCUCGCGCUUAACAGUGAGAAGGACUUGUGGAGCCACCGUGUUGAAAUCUCGCUGGCGAAGCUAAGCAAGUUAGCAACACAAGAGCGUAUGCAUCCACAGGCUCAACCUUCUUUGGUUUUGCAAGGGGAUGUCAAACGACUUGAGGAUUUCGUUGAGGUCGAUGGGAUCCAGGAGACUUUGUAUGAGCACCUUCGGCCAAUUUGGGAGGGCGCAAUUGACCGAAAGGCUGAGGCUGAACUGGCGCUCGAGUGCUAUGGGGGUCACCUAUUCGAAGACCGGCCAUCGCUCCGUGAGAUCUUGAGUGAUACUCUCUCCACCCUCGUCAACAGACAGGUUCUUGCUUUCGACGAUCUGGUCGACCUUUUGACGUUGCUCGGCCCUGUGCAGCAUGCAGAAGACGGUGAUGAUGAGAUUGUGAAGAGCGAGUUCCAUCUAGCUCUACGAGUUCUUGAUCAUGGUCGCUAUGGCCAGCGAGACUCUUCGUACCUCAUGGCUUUGCAGAGAUUAAUAUGGCGGCGGUGCAUGAUCAAGGAUGACUGGGUGGCUCGAGGCAAGGCCGCUGAAGUGUCAAAUGGCGAUUUCGAUCGCUCCAUUGGUGACACUUCCCUUUGUCGAACUUUGAGCGCAUGCUUAGAGGAGGGUCCCAAAUCAGCCAGCCACCCAUCUAUCUAUGCGGCUCUUUCUCCUGCUGAUGCCUUAAUGACUGAUGCAGACUCUGAUAUACUUACUUCACGGUUCCGCCCAGAGCAAAAGUCACGAUUGGCGCUCGACCUUAAGACUGAAAACGACAUCUUACGCCAGUACAUUGAGAUCGGAAAGCUUGAUUUCUGGAUCCAAAAUAUUCUUGAAACGGCAAAAGCCCGGGGGUUAGCUCCUUGUGGGAUCGGUGGUAAUGCUGCAGCGGAGAUUUAA